UUGCCUCCAUCUUGCGGGUCCUGUUCUGUCUCGCCCUCCCAGCCUGCGCACACUCAGACCUCGGACAUUUGGGCGAGGUUUGGUGUUCUCGUGAACAAACGAAACCUUGUAAAUUUCCAAUACGCUCGAAAGUAAUAAUUGCAUUUUUUUUUCGGCCGGAGAGACUUUUUUGCAAAGAGACAUGAAAGUAGCUAACUGUUUUCACUGUUUCUGACUAUGAAGAAAUAAAAGGUGUCGACAAAAAAAGAGUGGAAAGGAACGGCGUUACGAAAGAAAGGAAAUGUUCUUCAUAGCCUUCUAGUUCCUUCCCUCCGCCGACUCGCCAUGCUCGCCUCCAGGAACGUCUGAGAGGGACAGAAGAGGGGAAACCAUAGCCCUUUCUGGAGUCUUCGAAAAGUUGGACCAAGUUUGUCGAGGGAGAAAAUGUCUCUUUCUUGGAUCUGGAAGAAGCUGAGAGGAGAAGAUGAAAAGGGAUCCAAUAAAGGACAGCACAAUGUUUUCCAUCCCGCCCCCAUUCUUCACGAACAGCCACCAGCCACACUGACGGCGGUGGGGGCGGGGGCGACGGCGGGGGCGGCGACGAGAGGUCCGUCGGCGCCCCACGUGACCAGCCAGCCGCCCUCCCAACGGCCCUCGGCUCCCUGCACGGUGACGGCGAGCAGGGAAGUGAGGGACGCCAAGGGAAGGGAUGACAGCCCGUCGAGAAGCGUGUUGUCAGGCUCUCCCGGAUGCUCGAGCGUGACUGGCCUGGAGAGCGGAAGGAUGUACAUCGCCCUGUUCGACUACGACGCCAGGACUGACCAGGACCUCAGCUUCCGGCGCCACGAACACAUCGAGGUCCUCGAGAUGAGCUCCGAGGACUGGUGGCUGGCCCAGAGUCACGUGACCGGCCUGCAGGGCUACAUCCCGGCGUCCUACGUGGCUAACCUCAAGAGCAUACAAGCCGAGCCGUGGUACUUCGGCGACAUCAAGCGAGGUGAGGCCGAGAGGAAGCUGCUGUCGGAGAGCAACGAGCACGGGGCCUUCCUCAUCCGGAAUUCGGAGUCGAGGAAGAACGAAUUCUCGCUCUCAGUGCGGUGUAACGCCAGCAUCAUGCACUACCGCAUCCGGCCGCGCGACCACGGAGGCUUCUUCAUCGCCCGCAAGAAGCCCUUCGGCAGCCUCCACGCCCUCGUCGAGUACUACUCCACCAACACGGGCGGCCUCGCCACCAUGCUCUCCGCGCCGUGCGUCGCGGUCGACAAGCCGGACACGGGAGGCCUCUCGUACAACACCCGCGACGCCUGGGAGAUCCCCAAGGAGCAGAUCCACCUCCAGAAGCGCCUCGGGUCCGGGCAGUUCGGCGAGGUUUUCGAAGGACUCUGGAACAAGACGGUGAAGGUCGCGGUCAAGACGCUGCGCCCGGGUAAGAUGAGCGCGGAGGAGUUCCUGGCGGAGGCGCACGUGCUCAAGAAGAUGAGGCACCCGAAGCUCCUCCAGCUCUUUGCCGUGUGCACCAUGGAGGAGCCUUACUACAUCAUCACGGAGCUCAUGCGUCACGGAUCGCUUCUCGACCAUCUCAGAGGUCGAGGACGCGGGAUGGUCCUCGAGGACAAAGUGUACAUCGGGGCGCAGGUGGCCUCGGGCAUGGAGUACCUCGAGAACAAGAAUUUCAUCCACCGGGACUUGGCGGCGAGGAACGUCCUGGUGGGCGACCACAACGCGGUCAAGGUGGCGGACUUCGGGCUGUCGAGGCUCGUCAAGGAGGACGAGUAUGAGGCGCACGCAGGAGCCAAGUUCCCCAUCAAGUGGACAGCUCCGGAGGCCUUGUCCUUUUCCAGAUUCACGACCAAGUCAGACGUCUGGUCCUUCGGGGUGUUUCUGAUGGAGGUCGUCACAUCAGGCGCCACACCGUACCCAGGCAUGACCAACGCCGAUGUCGUGGAUGCCUUGGAGCGCGGCUACCGCAUGCCGUGCCCAAACUCGUGCCCGCAACUGCUCUACAACAUCAUGCAGGAGUGCUGGGCGAAGGACCCGACCAACCGCCCCACCUUCGAAACACUGCGCUGGAAGCUCGAGGAUUACUUCUUCCUGGAGGAGACGGAGUACCGGGAGGCGGAGGUGGUGAUGUAGGGCGCGGCGGGAGGCGGGCUGGCGUGGUCCCGUGCUGCGUGAUGUAGGCCUAUGGGAGGGGGUGUAAGUUUAUGUAUGGUGGCUGUGCAGUCAAAGGCAAGAAACCUACGAUACUGGCCCUAGAUUUCGAUUUACGUAAAAGCAUAUAUUGCGAAAGCCAUGUAGAAUAUUACACAGGAAAUUGUAAACUACAAAAAAGUUACUUUUGGUAACAUGGGCUUACAUGAACGGUUAAAUCUGACACUGAAAUAGAGAAAAGUUUUAUUAUAGAGCAGUCCUCUCUCUCUCUCUCUCUUCACACGGAGCAGGCCAACCUACACCCUCCCCCCCCCUCUUUGAGCACAGGCCACUUAUCUCAAAAAAACAGACUCGAUCGAGCUUCAUUUUG